GAGCUGGAUCGGGGCAAAGAUGAAGGCUGGGAGCGGGGCUGAACUCCAUGUCCUGAGGGAUUUGGUGCAGGGCGAACCGAGAGGAAUCCAGAGCGAUGCAUCAUCCAGCAUCCCCCGUAUCCCGGGAGCGGAUCAGUAAGCCCUGCGGUCGCGCGUGGGGAUGCGAAAGCGCUUGACCUGUGGGAAAGAAGUGGCCUUCAGGCGCGUUUACCCCUGCUCGUCCUUGUUGCUCCAUGGGAUUUCUUCUGCCCCCCGCAACUGACCUGAUGUGGACCAAAGCGUUUCUAACAUGAACUUUCUCCCUGGGAUCUGGUGGUCUCUUCCCUUGGUCUUGGUCUGGGCGACCCCACGAGUCACCUCCUCAUGGUGGUACAUGGGCGCCGUGGGCUCGUCGCGGGUGAUGUGCGACAACGUGCCGGGCCUGGUGAGCCGGCAGCGGCAGCUGUGCCGCCGGCACCCCGAGGCCAUGCUGUCCAUCGGCCGCGGCGUGGCCGCCUGGACGGCCGAGUGCCAGCACCAGUUCCGCCGGCACCGCUGGGACUGCAACGCCCUGGAGCGGGGGCAGCGCCUCCUCGGCCGCGUCCUGCUGCGCAGUAGUCGAGAAUCUGCUUUUGUACAUGCCAUCUCCUCUGCUGGAGUUGUUUUUGCCAUCACCAGGGCAUGUAGCCAAGGGGAGCUGAAAUCCUGUUCCUGUGAUCCCAAGAAGAAAGGCUCUGCCAAGGACAGCAAGGGCCAUUUUGACUGGGGUGGCUGCAGUGAUAACAUUGACUAUGGCAUUAAAUUUGCCAGAGCCUUUGUGGAUGCCAAAGAACGGAAAGGAAAAGAUGCAAGGGCGCUGAUGAACCUUCACAACAACAGAGCUGGAAGGAAGGCUGUGAAGCGGUUUUUGAAACAGGAGUGCAAAUGCCAUGGUGUGAGUGGAUCGUGCACUCUAAGGACCUGCUGGCUUGCCAUGGCAGACUUUAGGAAAACAGGAGAUUAUCUGUGGAAGAAAUACAAUGGAGCAAUUCAGGUGGUCAUGAAUCAAGAUGGCACGGGUUUCACUGUGGCUAAUAAGAAAUUUAAGAAGCCAACUAAGAAUGACCUGGUAUACUUUGAAAGCUCUCCAGACUACUGUAUCAGGGACAGGGAUGUAGGGUCCCUGGGGACGGCCGGGCGGGUGUGUAACCAAAGCUCCCGCGGCAUGGACAGCUGUGAGGUGAUGUGCUGCGGGAGAGGCUACGACACCUCCCGCGUCAGCAGGAUGACAAAAUGCGAGUGCAAAUUCCACUGGUGCUGUGCUGUGCGCUGCCAGGACUGCCUGGAAGUGGUGGAUAUUCACACCUGCAAGGCGCCCAAGAGCGCUGGCUGGACUUCCCGGACAUGAGGCACAGGCUACUGAUGCCGAGGACCACAGCCUUGCCCUUCCUGGUCCAUGCAGGGAAUGUAUCAGAGGUAUUUUUCACUUUCAUGCCUGUUUUGCCUUUGUUGUUCAUUGCACAGAAGCCGCUGAGUAACUGAUACAAGCCCUGCAGCAUUUACUUUGCUUUCUGCAUGACAGUGUUGCUGCAGAGCUGUGUGUGCAUAAACUGAUGCAGCUCUGGAUGGAUGUACUUAUGCCAAGACUCUCCCAACCACCRGGUAACUCUCCGCCAGAAUCUUUGUGGGAAUUCAUUCCUACCAUCAGGAACAGCAAGACACAAAAUGUGGCWCUUGAACAGGAUCACUGUCACCAACCACAUGGGUGGAGCUUGCUCAAGCAUCUUCUGAAGGAUCUUGGGUGGGUCACAGCUGAACCCUGGAUACUGAAUGGCUCGGGAGUUUGAGCACUGGUUGGUGAUUUCUCCAUGAAAGAAAAUUUGGGGCCAGAUUGGUGAAAAACUUAACCAGAAGGGUGUUUAUUCAUCCCAGUGGACUGGAGUUUCCAGUAAGGUGGCCACCUGAGGCCACCCUGGCCACCAGUGUGUCUUCCUGUUAGGCAGGAAUUGGCCCAUGGCCUAAAACAAAGGAAGUUGCAGGAGAUGCAUUCAGCCACUACAUUUUGAUGAACUGUUACAGAGUCAAAACAAAUG